UAAUGGGUACAGUUCGCCCUAAACGGUUUAAUUCCGGUUGGGAGCAACCCACUCGCUCGCUCGUCCAAAGGGCAAAGCAAAUCCAACUUUACAGAAUUGUCAGAAGAGCCAAGUUUCUAGAACAUCAUCAUUCAUCACUUAUACGUUCUUCCCAAAUCAUUGAAUUUUUUUUUCCCAUUUCUCUCAUCGCACGGUGAAAUAAAUCGAGAAUCGCCGACCUGAAUCGAUCGGGUUCUUCUCUAAUCACCGGCGGUCAACGCCGCGAGCACAGAUGUUUGUUUGACGACCUCUUCUCGCCGUGAUCUUUUUACCUCAACAACGAGAUCUGUUUCCACGAAAGAAAGGAGGAUGUCGACGCCAGCAAGGAAGAGGUUGAUGAGGGAUUUCAAGAGGUUGCAGCAAGACCCACCUGCGGGUAUUAGUGGUGCUCCACAGGACAACAAUAUUAUGCUCUGGAAUGCUGUCAUAUUUGGGCCUGAUGACACUCCAUGGGAUGGAGGUACUUUCAAACUCUCACUGCAGUUCUCUGAAGAUUAUCCUAAUAAACCACCAACAGUUCGGUUUGUGUCACGGAUGUUUCAUCCAAAUAUUUAUGCAGAUGGGAGUAUCUGCUUGGACAUUCUACAAAACCAGUGGAGUCCAAUAUAUGAUGUUGCUGCUAUACUUACCUCCAUCCAGUCCUUGCUCUGUGACCCUAAUCCGAAUUCUCCUGCAAACUCGGAAGCUGCUCGGAUGUACAGCGAAAGCAAGCGUGAGUACAACAGAAGAGUGCGUGAUGUUGUUGAGCAAAGCUGGACUGCUGACUAGUAGUAGUUUGAUGUAAGCGAUGUAGCUAUGUCUCCUUUCUCACAAUCACGAUUCAGCAAAACAGCUUUCUUCUCUUUUCAUUCAUGUCUUGUGUUUCCGAAACUAUUUAAGUGAUUCAAUGCUUUGAUGGUUGGUUCUAUGUAACUCAACAUCCUUUAAAAAACAACUUUGUACCAAACCAACUGAAUUAUUCACUUUUGUGUAUAUAUGUAUUACGAUUUUCUUGCUAGGUACCGAAAAAACCUUUGUAA